GGGGCUAUUUGGGUAAAACCCGGCUGCACUCGGGGAUCGCCGCUCCUGGAUGUCCCAGCCCUUCCCUCGGCCAGACGGAGCGAGGUGCUGACCCAGUCGUUUCCUGGCUCCUUGGGUGUUUGGAGAGUGCCAGCAAUUGUCAGGUGAAGGAAUUGUUGGUUCAGGUGGGCUCCGGGGUGUCCAGGUGUGACGGGAAUUGGCUCCCACCGCAUUCCCAAACACUUUGCGGUAACAAUAAUAACAAUUAGCUGAGCGUGCAGCGGAGCGUUAAUUGCGAACUGAAAGCCCAGGCAGAGCCUGCUCAGGAAAAAAGCAAUUUCAAGCCCCUGAGGGAGGAUGUGGGCUUACACCGUGGGCUUCACCGUCCUGCCCCACGUUGGAGGAUUCCUUGGCUGGUUCCUCAACCGGAAGGAAAUCCCGGAGUGGUACGAGAAGCUGAAGAAACCCUCGUGGUGCCCACCCCGCAAAAUGUUCCCUGUGGCCUGGACCAUGCUGUACACGGGCAUGGGCUACGCCUCCUACCUGGUGUGGAACGACCUGGGUGGCUGCGGCAGCAAGGCCAUCGUCCCCAUGGGGCUCUACGGGGCUCAGCUGGCGCUCAACUGGGCCUGGCCCCCCCUGUUCUUCGGUGCCCACAACCUCAACAUGGCGCUGGUGGAUGUGCUGUGCCUGGACGGGCUGGCCAUCGGCACGAUGUGCUCCUGGUACCGCAUCAACAGGCUGGCGGCAGCGCUGCUGCUGCCCUACCUGGCCUGGCUGGCCAUGGCCACCUGCCUCACCAUCCGCGUCUGGAAGGACAACCCCCAGCAGAAAAACGACUAAACCGAGGUGUUUUGUGUGGUUAAACCGUCCUGAGGUGAACCGAGGUGUAAUAAUUUGUUGGGGGUUCAUUUUGGGGUUUGCCUCCUCCUCUUCUUCCAUCGUGAGAGGUUUGAACCAUUCACUGCUUUAAAUAAGGUUUUUUCCAGUAGGUUUGGGAGAUGUUCCAGCUGUUUCCAGGUCUUAUUGCCACCACGUCAAAUUGCAAAUGAUCUGGAAUAAUUCAGGCUGGGAACCCCGGGCACCAUCCCCCCGAGAGCAGAGCUCGGUCACACACGUGGCACAUCCCAUCUCCUCUGCUGGGACCAAAAUGAUCUUCACCUCUGCACAAGUAUUUUUUAAGACCUUGAUUUUUAUUUUUUUUUUAAAUAAAUUGAUAUAUUUUUAAGAAAUUACUUGAUUUUUUAAAGAAAUUACUUGGGCUUUUUUAGAAAAAAAGAAAUUACUUGAUUUUUUAAAAGAAACUACUUCAUUGUUUAAAGAAAUUGUUUGAUUUCAUAAAAAGAAAUUAUUUUUUAACAAUCAUUUUUUUAAGAAGAAGAUUUUUUAAUUACUUGAUUUUUUAAAAAAUUACUCGAUUUUUUUUAAUUCCUCGAUUUUUUAAAAAGAAAUUUCUCCAUUUGUUUUGCUCUUUGUGCUGUUGCUUCAUGUUCCUGUAAGCCUUGUUUUGUGCUUUAGCUCUUUAUCUGCCAGCAGGGAUGGGUCUUGCUCUGCUGGUGGAUGGAGAUUGGGCUGUGCCUCCUGUCUGGGGAGCAUCCCCCUCCCUGCCCUCCCUGCUCCCGGAUAAAGCAGCAAUGAGCAGCGGGCAAAUGCUUCUCCCAAGAGGAAAUUCCUCUCUCCCACCUCUGUGUGCCAUUCCUCAGCAGAACUGAAAACUCAUGCCAGUGCCUUUGAAGAAAACCUUCAUUUUGUUAUUUUUUUUCAAGUACAGAGACUCCAGAGUAUGUAGAAUUUGUGAGCCUGCUCCCACUGCCUGGAAGGUUGUAAUUAAUUAUAUAAUUGGCAAAAAGCCCCGCACAGAAUCUGUCAGUGCAGUGCAGGCGCCUGAUCCUGCAGCUUCUCCAUGCCAUUAUUAACCAGGAAAGGUUAAAAUAGUGAUAAUUCCAAAGGAAUGGGAUGGAAUCAGACACAGGGGGUCUUGUCUAUCCCUUUACAUAGAAACCUUUGAGCUCUGGUGUCUCCAGACAGAAUUUACAUUAUUUUUAAUUGUUAAAAGCACUAAGUGUAAAGAGAAAGGGCACGUGGAUCUUUAUCCUGGCACUGGCUGGAAUUGGGGCUGUAAUUAAUUAGGGUUGUAAUUGGGGGUGGGAGGGCUCAGCUGGGGUUGUAACAUAAAUUGUAUUUGCUUUGAAUAAAACAAGCUGUUGAAUUUUUU